AUGCUGUUAAACUCAGCAUUGACUGUACUAAUGCAACUAGUAGAGAUUCUGAUCAUUCUGCAUAUGCAUGGCGGGGGUUAUGGUUUGUUAAUAAAUAUGAGUUUUGAUUACCAUAUAAUUGAUAAAUCAUUACAUGAGUCACUUAUUCUUUGUGUACCACCUGACUGUGAUCGUAAUAAGCCAUCAGAAUUCACGUCCUGUCUAUAUCAGAAGCUUUCCUAUGAACACGAGAAAGUACAGUUGCAUAAUUAUAUAAUUCCUGCGGAUUACUUCCCACAGGGAGUCUAUCUCCUUACGUGUGAUGCACAUUUCACCACUUUAUUCUUUAUGAACAAUCUGAUUCGCUAUUUGGAUUGCUCCGCACAUCCUGAUGCAAUAUUCGUGGAUGAUCAAUCGUGGAACUCAGUGAAACUGUGUGUGCAUCGUCCUCCAAUGACAUCAAACUGGAUCAGUUUGCUCCCGAAUAUUACCGAUAUAACAUUUGGUUCCGUUAAUUGUCACAGUGUUCGCGAUCAUGUUGAUUUUGUGGGGAGCGAAUUAAUUAUCAGGAAUCCUGAUGAGGUGAAGAUUGGUCAAAUGGACGUAACAUGCGAUAAGGAGAACUAUAUGAAACCAAUGUAUUUACUGAAAUCCACAAUCAUACUCCUGCUUAAUCCACGAAAGCCUUACUAUUUAUUCGAGAUUGACGGAGAAAUCGAAUUCAACUUCGCAAUCCCGUUACAAGGUGAACGAGAAGGACAAUUUCAAGUGUUGAAAGACAUACAAAUGCAAUGUGAAAUUUUAGAACCUUCACUGGAACCGAAAUCGGGGAUUGGAGUUAAUUUCUUCGGUAAUAAACUGAUAGUUGAUUCCUCAAGUCCGACGAAAAUAUCUUUCUCAUACUUUGUAAAAUGCAGUGCCUUCAAUCAAUUUCUUACAAGAAAAGCAAAAUUUCUAUUUCUCGGUGUGGACAAGAUUCAACUCGUUAUAACUGGCCCUGAGGUGAUUGUGACUGAACUAAACCCUAAUGAUACGUACACAUGUUCUGUGAAAAGUGUCUUCGGAAAGAAUUUGGAAACUGAAAAUUACAAGCCAGCAUUUAAACAAGUUUCUAAUGGGACUUUUACUAUAAACCAAAAUGUUCUGUCAUUCAGCAAAGACAGUCCAUCUGGUAUCCAUUUGUUUCAAUGUCAUUUUCAGAUUGAAACGUUUCACAUUACAAAACAGUUAGAAGUUACACUUUUUAGACGUGAUGACCUUGUUCUUCAUUUAAGCCCUGGAAAGCAAGUCAUAGUUUUGGAAAAUAAUUCUUAUUUGAAUGCAUCACUACAGUGGAUAAAUCCAGCGUUCCGAAAGCUUGCAGACCAAGGAUAUGAAUUUCCUGUCCAGUGUCAAAUUCAAUACAUGGAUACCAAAACUCAAACCUCUAGAACACUGAAGUUUGUCUACUCCAUAAGCAUGGCUCGUUUGACUCCUGGAUUCGCACGUCUGAACUGUUCAGAUAUGUUUGAAUUUCAUUGGAAUAGUAGACCGCUUUUAUUUGCAGCUCGAUCAAAUUUCACUUUGAGGUGUAUGCAAAAUGCAGUGAUAGAAAUCGAUCAUUAUUUUGAUCCUGUGUGCAAAUAUGAAUUAAUUACCCCACCUAAAUGGAUCAACACAUCUGAUGACGAUGGCUAUAUUUCUAUGUCAUGCUUUGACAAGCGAAAACAAUUAUCAUUUGAUGAAAAUGGCAAAAUACUGUGGGGAAACAGUAGAGAGAGUCUGUUAGGUUAUCAUGAUAUUGUUUGCGAUAACGGCGGUUUCGAAAAGACCAUUUUAGUUUACGACAAAGAAAUCCUACUGAAUACAGAAAUACAGCAGGAAUUUUUCCUAACUGAACCUGGAAAUUCUGUUGAAUUUAAUUUUGGUUAUUAUAAUCAAGUUGGAACACCAAACGUUUUCACAAGGCAGGAUAUUCUAGAUGAUAAGUAUACUUGUAGAACACACAAUCCGGAUUUCGGUUCAGACAUUUUUAAUGGGAAUAAAAUGAGUCUAGAUAUUGAAGACCGACUAAAUAUCACACCGGUGAACAUAACUGUUAUCUGUGAGGCGUUCAACGGUAACCUUAGAAGGAAUACAACAAUUUGUGUUGCAACUCAUUUAAAUGAACAUUUGAAUCAGUUGGAUGUAGAAUGUUCACUUGACUAUGGACAAGAUACGGUAUCUUUCAUCAACAAUAUAUCGUACAGUAGAUUGCCAGUGGGAAAACCAGAUGUCAAUUGUCAUCCUCUAGAUGAUGAAUAUUUUAUAGUGUCUCAGAGUAUUCAAAUUAUUGGUGAAAAUUGGUUGAUUCCAAGUUGUUAUGAAUAUAAUUCAAUUUUAAUUAGUAAACAGCGUAUCAAGAUAUGUGAACAAAAAGUGGAUGAAGCAUAUUUUUCGUCUGAAGCAUUUGAGGGUUUUGAAAUGGCACCAAUUCAAUGUCAUGAUUCUGAAAACUUGCUGACUUUUGACAAUGGAGAACUGGUUUUACAAAAACCCUUUCCAAAGACUGGUUUUUAUAUCAUCUACUGCGACGGGAUGAACUAUGAGAAAAAAGUAUUUCUUUACGACUCUUCACUUCGCCUUACCCUCACAGAAAAUAGAUCUGUAUGGGUUUUAGGCGAGGAUGAUCGCAUACAAUUCCAAUUUGAAUAUUUAGAUCCAGAAAGCUCAAGUUACAAAACAAUACCUUCAGAAUACAUUACAUGCACAAUAAAUUAUCUAGGUGAUAAUAUUGUAGGAAAUAACGGAUCUAUUUCAAUGGAACAGUCUAGAUUUUCUCCCAGUUCUACAAAGCACACAGCGAAUUGUAGUUUAUUUAAUGGUGAAAUUACUAGAAACAUUAGUUUUGUAGUACUGGAUAAAACAGAAUUAUCACUUCAUACUGACAGAGAUGGUGAAAAAUAUCUAUCAGGCGAAGAGCACACAUUCCCAUGUAAAAUUCGAGGACCGACUCACUUGCAGCCUAUAAAGGAACUGGUAAAUAAGGUUCGUUGGCAGAAUUGCUCGAGUGAAUAUGGAUUCAGAUUUGAAAAGAAUCUCUUAAUCACAAGGAAAAAUAUUACUUUAGGUGAAAAGCAGUGUUCGUGUACUCUGAAUGCGACUCACAUAUAUCUGCGAAAGGACCUAAACUUUGAGAUCGUCAGCAGAACAAAAUACUUACCAAAUAUUACUUUAAGUUUUCGAGGUGCAAUGAUGAUAUUUGAUGCUACCAAAACUUAUCAAGUUUCAUGUACACUAUACGAGGCAUCUGGAUUCAAAUCACCCAAAUGGUCAAUGAUUUAUGGCGACGAAAGUUACUCGAUCAAAAAUACCAAAAGUCAGGGGGGAAUAGAAAGCGAACUGAUCAUAGAAAGUAAACUCAAUCAUACCCCGAGGCUAUCUACCUUUAUUUGCAGAUCUCAGUCAAGUUCGUUCUGUUCAGCCAGACUGCUACUUGUUGCCCGAAUAAAAAUUGCAACAAUGCUGAAACCUGAAAAAGAACAUCGAAUUCAACAAUUUAAGGAAAGAACUGUUUUUAUAACUGAUGGCCGACCACAUCAAUUGAAUCAUUUUUACUUUGAAUCAAAACUUGGUGAUCGAAUGAGUAUUGCUGUUGAAAACAAUGUAAUAAAUUGGACUGGACCAGAAAUCAUUGAUAAUCGGCAUUAUAUCACAUUCCAUUUAAAACAAAUCUACUUGGGAAGAUUGUUAGCACAUAAAAAAACUGACAUGUUUAACCAAGUAAUGUAUUCAAGUAGCAUUGCCUUCACACCCAAACUGAAGUACUAUGUGAGAAAUCAAACACUUCAGUGUAUCAUUGAUAAAGAAAUGAGCCUCUUAGAAUUUCCAUAUAUUUUUAUCACACAUCAUCCAGAAGGAUUUAAGCCUAGGCUGUAUUACGAUGGUCAUAUAAAUUUCUCAGAAGAAUUUGUCGGUGGUGUUUAUGAUGUUACUUGCUUUCAUCAAACUAUUCAAAUGAUAAUGAUUCAAAGUCAUAUGACACUGGUGUUUUAUGAACCACCAAGUAAGCUAAGAAUUGAAGGCAGAGAAACUGAUAACAAUUCUUAUGCUUUCCAAUGUACACCAAAUGGAUUUCCAAUUGAAAAUAUCACUUAUAAAUGGAGGGUGAUAUCCGGUCAUAAGUUCGCAUUUCACACAGAAGGAAAUGAGUUCGUUCGAAACAAAUUUGCAAUAUAUGGAAAUUACAGAGUUCAAUGCUCUGUAGUCAUUUUACAUAACAACCGAACAUUUCGUUUGAGUGCAUCUGCCAAUCACGCAUACACUAGAACUGGCCUGCCAAACUUGGGGCGUGACUGUUACACUAAUAAAUCUAAGUGGACUAUGUAUUUGGCUUUCACGGCAGUACUCAUUUUCUUUCAUAUAAAACUAGUGAAGAAAUAUUGUUAUUCAGAUAUUAUUAAUGAAGAGAAAUUAGCAGCUGAAGAGUCUGGUUUCAUAUAUACUAUGGCCACUCAAUCUGAUAUCACUCUCGACUUUUCAUCAGUGAACCCAGUAACGUCCAAUCGAAUAAAACAAGCAUUCAGGCAGUUUAACGCUGUUCACCAAUCAGUUAAACGUAAACAAUCAGAAAAUAAAAGGAUAUGGGCAAGACGACGUUAUAGACGAGCUAGACGUCAAACAUCCACACGAUCUUUAGAUGCUGAUGAACUUUCAUCUAUGAGUUCAAUCAGAGCUUCUUUUAGACUUAAUCCUAUUGCUCUCAAUCUUUUAAGACUAAGAGACAGUACGACAUCGAUGUCUCAGAAAAUAGACUAAAUAAUCAAGUAGACUUCUACUUGUUUCUUACACCCUUCUCACCAAUGGCUUAUGCAUUUCUCCAUCAUUUUAAAAAAUCUUACAUUCAUUGUAAAUCUGCAAGUGUUUUUCAUGAUUAUUCAAUUGUUGAAAUCUACUUUCUUUAAUUUUUGAUUAUAUAACCACAAUAAAAAGUUGAUUAUAGUGACUGAUUAACUGUGUAUUCAUAACACACAUUA